UAGUAUUGUACAUCUAUGGUCACGACAAGAAUGCUGUGUGAUACUGUGAUAAGAUAAUAAUAUUAUUUUAAUUUUUUGUAACUGAGGAGGCAGCGGCGCCGCGGCCGCUGGUCUUACAGUCUCUUCAACUCUCUUACGUCGACGAAACGAGUGGCUGCCGCGAAUUACCAAGUUUAAUAUUGCAAGAGGUUUAUUGAUUUGUAUGCUGUUUAAUUAUUUGCUUGUGUGAGACGACCGUCUGCCGGCAGUCAUGAUGUUGUCCGCAUUCCAUGAAGCAUCGCGUGUUAAAUAUUUAGUUUAAAAUUUAAAAAUCUCCAAACCAUGCAUUUGGACACUACGAAUUGGUACGCGUUAGUCUUGUUGACUGUUAUCCAAUUCAGGUGUUUAAAGUGUACUGUUGACAACCGUCUGUUGGACGAAAAAGAAACAUUGGCUGGUCAUUCUAUACUUGACUCAUUGCCUCGAUAUAUUUUGUAUGAUGUCAACAAACCUGAAGGAUUUAACUUACGCCGUGAUGUUUUCAUACGAAUGGCAUCUUUUAUACAUCAUUUGAAUAAGGUGUCUAAUUAUCAUUGGAUUUUGGUGUUGCCACCAUGGCAUCGUUUAUAUCAUUGGAGAUCAUCAAAUCUUGUGCAAGACCGUCUUCCGUGGAGUCUAUUUUUUAAUGUGGAUUCCAUUAAAAAAAGUACUCCAGUUGUUGAAUUACAUGAAUUUUUCCAAAUGAACGGAUUAAGACCAUUGGAUGCCCAAUUUACGUUACAAGAUUUCAAUGUGAAGUCGUUUGAACAAUACCCAGACUUUUCAGACAAAUGGGAAGUAGACAAUUGCAAAGGCCAAGUCCAAAAAGAAUUUUGGAACCUAAACAACCUAACAUUUACCAAAUCAUUAUGUAUAUCGUUCCAAGGAAUUUCCACUCUACUAGCUGACAUUGUUCAGGAGUUACAACCAAGAACUAUGAUUUUUGACCAUGCAGAGUUGGCAUUGCACAAUUAUUAUGGUGGACAUGAGUAUUGGGUGAUUAGUAAAAGUAUGCAUUUCAGUAACAGCCUGCAUGAAAUUGCUAUGGAGUUUAAGAAAAUAAAUUUAGAACAAGAUUACUUGUGUGCACACUUGCGUCGCAGAGAUUUUUUGUACGGUCAUCCUAGUGAUGUGCCCAGUAUUAAAAAUACAGCUAGACAGAUUAAAGAGAAAUUAAUUUUGUUGAAUAAUAUUAAAACUGUUUAUGUGGCGACGGAUGCUUCAAAAACAGAAGUUGAAGAACUUAAAAAUUAUUUGAAACCUUAUCAAGUGUUUAAAUUUGAAGCUGAUAAGAAGACCUUGAACACAUUUUUGGACGGUGGAAUAGCAAUAAUUGAUCAAAUAAUAUGUUCACAAGCAAACUUUUUCAUUGGAACAUCCAAAUCCACAUUUUCUUUCCGAAUCCAAGAAGAGAGAGAAAUUCUUGGAUUUCCAGUAGAAACUACUUUUAAUAGCUUUUGUGGGGAUGACAUUGAGUGCACACAACCUACUAAAUGGAGACUCGUUGGAUAAAGAUAGUUGUUAUAUAGUAGACUAUUGCAAUGUCUCGUUGUACAACGAUAAAUGGUUAUUUCCUUUAUUGGUA